AUUCUUCAUGAUUCCAUACGCUCUCUGAUGCUGCAUCGUGCCUGUAUUGCGUAUUGCUUACAGUCGAGUCGGUUCAAUUGUAAAGUCAAGAUGGCUUCUCGUUUGAAGGUCCUCAGAGUGUUCAAAGCACUGCACAGAACAAGAGUGGAGUUGUUCAAAGAAGAUACCAGAGCAUUGACAGCUGCAAGACAAAAGAUAAAUGAGGAAUUCAGGAAAAACAAAAAUGAGACUUCGGAGGAAAACAUCAAUCAGAUGAUUAAAAUGGCCGCUGGUGUGGAAGUGUUUCUUCGUCAAGAUGUCGUACAAGCCGAGCAUGUAGCUGAAGAUAGGAUUCAACUCCGUCCUAGAGAGAGCCUUCUUCUGGAAAACGUACCGUACUGCGAUACACCUAGAAAAAGGUCUUCUUCCAACAAUGCACCAAAACAAAGUUGUAAAGAUGCACCUAUUACACGAUGUGAAUGACCAACAAUAACUGCUGAAGACUUUAUUUCUCACUCCUCUGGAAGAUUUUAAGUGUAAUUACAGACAUCAAUUACAGAGCAUACAGUAUGUCAUUUUAUGGUGUGUGUGUGUGUGUGGGGAGGGGGGGUGUUAAGAGUUUGUCAUACAAAUGUGGUAGCUGUAGAUUUGGCUUUGAAAGGUCAAACGUGAUAUUCAUUGUAAAUAGAAAUUAUUUUAUUUGCUGCUAAUUAUGUUGAUUUCUUGUUGAAUGAAUGACUGUUAAGCCAUAACUGAGUUGUGUUGUAUGACUUUGAGAACAGUACCAGAUUUAGUAUCGUAAUACUCGAUACCAAAAAGAUACCAAGGGAAAAACAGAAGGUGUAUUAGCCAUAGUCACAGAAUGGCACUUGAUCCAGACAAAUCUUUUGAGUUCAGUAUCAUUACAUUUGAAUUGUUACAUUUUUUAUCAACUACACUUAUACAAACAAUGUGACUUUUUUUUAAGCAAUCUAACUACAUAACAAUAAUUUCAGUGGUAAAUCUCUAGUCUUUUGAUAAUCUGGGUAAAUCAAAAUGUAGCCUAGGCCUAUUUACAAUACAGGUGAAUGCAUAUUCAAUAGAAGUGUGUGCAUGCAUUGAGUUAUUGAGCUUGUUUUGGCUGAUUUCAUGGUUUCCCUUCCACGUUUUAUUGUACUGAUCAACAUUGUAUAGAAGAAGAAAUAUCUAAUUUUAUAAAAGUGCGCGCGCUAAAACCAUUUUAGAUAAUUCCAUUGGUCGUUCAGUGAAUUCUCCACUCACCCGGGACACCGUGCCAUGAAAAAGGAACUCGGGUUCGGGGAUCAAGCAAAGAUGAUCUUGACUGGGAGAGACGUGACGAAUCAAGAUUUGGAUGACUAGCAGCUUUGAAGUCAGCUAUAUUUUGUGUUAUGGUUUGCAAACAAGGUGCAAAUUACACCGUGAUAUUUUGACGAACAUUUUUUACGGGCCUGAAAAUGAUUUAUCUUUUGAUGUGGCAUGAAUAGUUUCAGUUACCAAUAUGUAUGCUGGAUAUGCAGACUAAGCUUUUAACCAACAGCGCUAGUUUACAUCAUCAAACGAAUGGACAUUGUUUUGCCGUUUUUGCAUUAUUCAAGCAUGUUAACGUCUGUACACGUCUGUGAUCCUCUCAAUCAGUAGACGACGCCAGUGCCCACAGGUUAUGCUGCUUGCAUAACAAGUGGGGAAACUCAGAAAAUACUUGUAAACUGGAAGAAACGAGUUGUGUGCGUUCACAUGCUUUGAACUCGUUGAUAACGCCGAUUAGUUCAUUGCAAACAAGCAGCAACAACCAUAAAAUAAAAGUACAGAUAUCAUCCUCGUAAACAAAUUAA